GCAGUGGCUCCUGGAAGAGGAACAAGUGUGGGAAAAGGGAGAGGAAACCGGAGCUAAAUGACAGGAUGCGGGCGACUUGAAACACAAAAAGAGAAGCGUUCGUCUCGGCUCAAGGCAUUGCCCGUCUGCUUUCCUUUCUCCGAGACGCGCCGAAGAUUGCACGGCUCUCGGCGGAGUCGGAGCGCUUCGGGGCGUUCAGCGUCCCCUCUCGCCGUGUUGUCACCGCGCGUCCUCCUCUCCCGCGUCUGCCUGGAGAUCCGGCGAAGGGAGAAUGGAGACGGGGCUGCCGCUCCUCUGCGCCGCGCUCGUCCUCGCCCUGUCCCCGGCCGGCGCUUUUCGCAAUGAUAAAUGUGGCGAUACUAUAAAAAUUGAGAGCCCCGGGUACCUUACGUCUCCUGGCUAUCCUCAUUCUUAUCACCCAAGUGAAAAAUGCGAAUGGCUGAUUCAAGCUCCGGACCCAAACCAGAGAAUUAUGAUUAACUUCAACCCUCACUUUGAUUUGGAGGACAGAGACUGCAAAUAUGACUACGUGGAAGUCAUCGACGGAGAAAAUGAGAAUGGACGUUUAUGGGGAAAGUUCUGUGGAAAGAUUGCCCCUUCUCCUGUAGUGUCUUCAGGGCCAUUUCUUUUCAUCAAAUUUGUCUCUGACUAUGAGACGCAUGGUGCAGGAUUUUCCAUCCGUUAUGAAAUUUUCAAAAGAGGUCCCGAAUGUUCUCAGAACUACACAACACCUAGUGGAGUGAUAAAGUCCCCCGGAUUCCCUGAAAAAUACCCCAACAGCCUUGAAUGCACUUACAUUAUCUUUGCACCAAAGAUGUCAGAGAUUAUCUUGGAAUUUGAAAGCUUUGACCUGGAGCCUGACUCAAAUCCUCCAGGGGGGAUGUUCUGUCGCUAUGACCGGCUAGAAAUCUGGGAUGGAUUCCCCGAUGUUGGCCCUCACAUUGGGCGUUACUGUGGACAGAAAACACCAGGUCGAAUCCGUUCCUCAUCGGGCAUUCUGUCCAUGGUUUUUUAUACUGACAGUGCAAUAGCAAAAGAAGGCUUCUCAGCAAACUACAGUGUCUUACAGAGCAGCGUCUCAGAAGAUUUCAAAUGUAUGGAACCUCUGGGCAUGGAAUCAGGAGAGAUUCAUUCUGACCAGAUCACAGCUUCUUCCCAGUAUAGCACCAACUGGUCUGCAGAGCGCUCCCGCCUGAACUACCCUGAGAAUGGGUGGACUCCUGGAGAAGAUUCCUACAGAGAGUGGAUACAGGUAGACUUGGGCCUCUUGCGUUUUGUCACUGCUGUUGGGACACAGGGUGCCAUUUCAAAGGAAACCAAGAAGAAAUAUUAUGUCAAGACUUACAGAAUAGACAUUAGCUCCAAUGGGGAAGACUGGAUCACCAUAAAAGAAGGAAAUAAACCUGUUAUCUUUCAAGGAAACACCAACCCUACAGAUCUUGUGUUUGGAGUUUUCCCCAAACCACUGAUAACUCGAUUUGUUCGAAUCAAACCUAUGACUUGGGAAACUGGCAUAUCUAUGAGAUUUGAAGUGUAUGGCUGCAAGAUAACAGAUUAUCCUUGCUCCGGAAUGUUGGGUAUGGUGUCUGGACUUAUUUCUGACUCCCAGAUUACGGCAUCAAACCAAGGAGACAGGAACUGGAUGCCUGAAAACAUUCGCCUGGUAACCAGCCGCUCCGGCUGGGCACUGCCGCCCGCGCCUCAUCCCUACAUAAACGAGUGGCUCCAAGUGGACCUGGGAGUGGAGAAGAUUGUGAGGGGCCUCAUCAUACAGGGUGGGAAGCACCGAGAGAACAAGGUGUUCAUGAGGAAGUUCAAGAUCGGGUACAGCAACAACGGCUCAGACUGGAAGAUGCUCAUGGACAGCAAACGCAAGGCGAAGUCUUUUGAGGGCAACAGCAACUAUGAUACACCUGAGCUAAGGACUUUUCCACCUCUUUCCACACGAUUCAUCAGGAUCUACCCUGAGAGAGCCACUCAUGGAGGACUAGGACUAAAGAUGGAGCUGCUGGGCUGUGAGGUGGAAGCACCUACAGCUGGACCGACCACUCCCAAUGGGAACCUGGUGGAUGAAUGUGAUGACGACCAGGCCAACUGCCACAGUGGAACAGGUGAUGACUUCCAGAUCACAGGUGGUACCACCGUGUUGGCCACAGAAAAGCCGACAGUAAUAGACAGCACGAUUCAAUCAGAGUUUCCAACAUAUGGUUUUAACUGUGAAUUUGGCUGGGGCUCUCACAAGACAUUCUGUCACUGGGAACAUGACAAUCACGUGCAACUCAAGUGGAGUGUGUUGACCAGUAAAACGGGACCCAUUCAGGAUCACACAGGAGAUGGCAACUUCAUCUAUUCCCAAGCCGACGAAACCCAGAAGGGUGAAGUGGCUCGCCUGGUGAGCCCAGUGGUCUACUCGCAGAACUCAGCUCACUGCAUGACCUUCUGGUAUCACAUGUCUGGCUCCCACGUCGGCACGCUGAGGGUCAAACUGCGCUACCAGAAGCCAGAGGAAUAUGAUCAGCUGGUCUGGAUGGCCAUCGGUCACCAAGGAGACCACUGGAAGGAAGGGCGUGUCUUGCUCCACAAGUCUCUGAAACUCUAUCAGGUGAUUUUCGAGGGCGAAAUCGGAAAAGGAAACCUUGGUGGGAUCGCCGUGGAUGACAUUAGUAUUAAUAACCACAUUUCACAAGAGGAUUGUGCAAAACCAGAAGACCUGGAUAAAAAGAACCAAGAAAUUAAAAUUGAUGAAACAGGGAGCACCCCAGGAUACGAAGGCCAGGGAGAAAGUGACAAGAACAUCUCCAGGAAGCCCGGCAAUGUGCUGAAGACCUUGGACCCUAUUCUCAUUACCAUCAUAGCCAUGAGCGCCCUGGGUGUCCUCUUGGGUGCCGUCUGCGGGGUUGUUCUGUACUGUGCCUGUUGGCACAACGGGAUGUCAGAAAGAAACUUGUCUGCUCUGGAGAACUAUAACUUUGAACUCGUGGACGGUGUGAAGUUAAAAAAAGACAAACUGAAUACACAGAGUACUUAUUCGGAGGCGUGAAGGCGGACAGAGAUGAAAAGACGAGUCGGAGAGUUGAAGUGCAAGGACAUAACUCGAGUGUGCUGGGGAACUGUUGAUCUUUCACUGUACAGGCUGCAAAGUGCGUGGAUGACGCUGAGCCAGGCUUUUCUCAGGAGCUCCAAUGAGUAUGGCCGACAGACGUGAGCAAGUGAGCUGUGUUAACAAUCGCAAUCAUGUACACUCAGCCUCUUUCUGUGGGUUUAAUUUGAGUAAUCAGAUGCUGGUGUUGAGACCAAGUAUGAUUGACUUAAUAAUUCGUUUCGACUCCCCUUUCCUCCUCUCUCUCCUCUUCCUUUUAUGGAUUCUUUUUGGAAACUGUGCAAAAUCCAAGAUGCUGGCACCAGGUAUAUUCAGUGGGGCCCUUUUGAUGGACAUGCUACCUGUAGCCCAGUGCCCACAUUAUCUUAGAAUAAUCGCAUUUCGGUGGACUCCUGAAGGUGUUCUUGUGUGUAAGUGCCCGCGUCGUACAUAGGCAAAGAAGGAUUAGGAUGUUUUAUUUUAAAAAUACUGUAGCCUCAGUACCAGUAUAGUGAGUCAGCUCUGUUUACGAAGCAAUACCGUCAAAUUUUCUUGAUGUUUUCCAGUGUUGUACUAAACUUCGUGCUUGUGAACUUCAUACAGAAAACUGUGCCAUCACCAAACACUGCUGGCGACUGGGUGUUCUGCUGACAACCGCAACAAAAAUCCUUGGCACUGGCUAGUCUAUGUCCUCUCAAGUGCCUUUUUGUUUGUACUGGUUCAUUGUGUUACAUUAAGACCCACUCUGUUUCUCUCUGGUGAAAGCCCUACUCUUUAAUCAAACCCUGGUGGCUCACUGACUAAGAAGAAAGUAUAUUUUAGUGUGAGACGUCAGCCCCGGGAAGGCAAGGGCUCUGAAGAUAUGGCAACGUGGCUUAAUUGUUCUGCUUUUUCUGUAGUUCAAUUUCAUGUCUCUUGACCCUUUUGUAUAAAGCUGCAAUAUUCUCUCUUGUUCUUUCAUAUGGAAUGUAUUUUCAAAUGUAAACUUUCUCUCCUAUCUCUCUGUCUUUUUUUCACUCUUAGAAUUUAAGCAUUUGCCAUUGUCCAGAAAAGAAACUUGCAGCUUUAACCUGCUGGUAAUGGCAAACAAUUUUACUAGACUUUAUGUUUAAAAAUAAAUAAAUAAGGGAAAUUCCUAACUUUGCCCUCCAAAGUCUAACUUUGGUUUUCUUGUUAACUGGUUAAAGUGACAGUAUCUUUUUUCCUUAAACUGUUUGUCUGUCCAUUCUGAUCAAAAUGAUCUUUGAUAGAAAUGUUGGUGUUUAAUAGAAAUAGUGGUAAGUUGAAGGAAGAAAUAAGACUAAUUGGCUUUUGAGUGAGAUCCAAAGAAGGACUGAAUAAAAAUCUUCCAAAUAUCUAAAAACAUGAGAUUUUUACAUCCAAAUAUGCAAAAAUGACCCAUGAGAAAGCUUCUUGUUUUGAUAUUGAGUCAGACAAAGGAAGUGGAAGGAGGAACAGUUAAUUUAAGAAAGAGACCAUAAAUCCUGAUGCCCAGGGUGAAGUAUUUUAAGAUAAGGACUAAGGACAGGGACAGGGGGUGGCAGGGGACCCAUAAAAUCAAAACAAAUGUUUAAGAGAAUUCUUCCAGCAGCAACCCUGAAAAACUAGACUUGAAUGAAUGCUUCUAGAAACUUCCAAUGGCUCACAAAGGAAAUAGCCUGCCUUGGGGUUGGCAAGAUCUAACAGCACAGAGAAAUAAAUAUCUUAUCAGGCAGCAUGUGAAUUAACCCAAAGAAGCUUUGGUUGUUUUUGAUUAUUUUGGUCAUGCCAUGGUGUACAUGAGCAUUUUGAGAUCUUCCUCCUUUCCUGCAUUGCUCUAGGUCUCACUUGGAUACAUCUAUUGGGAGUCACAUUUGCAUCAUGGACAAGACAGUCCAUUCAUCUUGGUUUAAUUGGAUUGAGAAUCUCUCUUGUUUCCAGGAAAGUAUUGAUCACCACGAAAGAAGAAUAGGUUUUUGUCCCCAGAGGCAUUCAUUCAGUUGUUAUAGUCAUACCAGGAAGAAAGCACUAAGUAAGACUUGAUUUUUUUUUUUUUUUAAGGCAACAGACUUAAAGUUGUUCUCAGCCAAGGAAAAAUGAUACUGCAACUUUAAAUUUUAAAGUAUCUU